AUGGACGAUGACUUCAUGGCUUCCUCCACACCCUCGUUUCUUACUGACAGCUUGGAGUUGGCAAUGGAAGUGGAGAACAAGAACUCGAAGCCUCCCUGUUUCUCGUGUGCUUUUGACAACCAAAGUGGAGGGAGAAGCUUUUCUGCAGAGUCUUACCUAGCAAGUGGGUCUCUCAAGAGGGUUUUGCUUAGACUGGAUCCUGCUCCAAAUGACUACGAAGAAGACAUAGUGGGAAUGUUUGGCUUUCAGUGGGUGACUGAAAUGGCUUUGGUUGAAUCUUGUGGAUUUCUCUUUGGAUUGCUCAGGCAGCAGAUACACAGACUGGAAGACCUGGUACAAAUGAGUUCAUCUGAUUUUGGGCAAGCUGCCAGCUUGCACUCUGAAGCAGAGGGCAUCAGGCGGCAGUGCACCGAGUUCCUGCACUAUGUGAAGGUUUUCAUCUUCAGGUAUCUGGAACCCUCUAGAGUGGAAAAUGAAGGGGUGCUGCAUCCAUAUGAAGAACUAGAAGCACAGCUGCCGUCGAUGGUGGUGGAAGAGCUUCAUGCUUUGACCAUGCACAUGGGUCAUCUCUGUGAGCUCCCUAGCAAUGUCCUGGCAGCAUUUACUAUUCAACAUCAGGCAAAGGUCUUUCCCCCAUCGUGGCAUUUGCUGCACCUCCACCUGGAUGUGAACUGGCUGGUGCUGGAAAUUCUUUGUGUACUAGGUGAAAAGAUGAUGAGACAAGUGGUGUAUGCCAACCACUUCAUAAAUCUGACUGGAGAGAACCUAACCAGCACCAGUUUGUUUGAAUCACACUGUGCAAAUCUCAUAGCAGACUUAAUAAACUUGUCCAUCAGCAAGUACAUGAAGGUGAGACCUUCUGAGGCUCUUACUGGUCACCAUUAUCCCUGCACCUGCAUUAAAGAGUUAUGGGUUCUUCUGAUUAAGCUGCUGGAUCACAGAAGCAAAGGAUCUGCCCCUGAGGGCUUCUGGAGUAUUGUGAACAAAACUCUAAAGAAUGUCUUUGGAAGGCAGAGUGGCUCUGAGAGGUUGUCUGCUUGUGAAGCAGCUCAGUGUAAGGACCCACUGAGCUUCAGCUGGUGGAUUGUGACUCACCUGGCAUCGCUUUACCAGUUUGACCGCAGUGGGAAUCCCGAUGCUAAGAAACAGAAGGAGUCCAAUUGGCAAUUUGUGGAAGAACUCCUCAAAAAAUCCACUGAUGCUCAGGCUGUUGUGUUAGAGGAACACUUGAGAAUGCAUCUGCAGUGCUGUCUGACUUUGUGCAGCUCCUGGGACCUGAACCUAUCUGUUGCCACCAUACUCUGGGAUUACUACAGCAAGAACCUGAACAGUUGCUUCACUGUUCCCUGGCUGGGUCUGAAGGAUCUGGCGAAUAUCAGCAGAACCUCCUUGUCGAUGCUGGAGCUGGUGAAGAGCUGCUGCAGUGAACAGCAGAUCCCUGCCCUCUACAAGUCCAGGAACAGCUACUUCAUUUUCCUCAGCAUUGUGGCUCAGAUGAUGAAGGCAGCAGAGCACAGUGGUGUCCAUCCUUGGAAACAACUCAAAGGACGAAUUUACUCCAAGUUCCAUCGCAGAAGAAUGCAGGAGCUGACAGAAGUGGGGCUGCAGAACUUCUUUAACCUGUUCCUCGUGCUGGCACUUGUUGCAGAGACAGAAGAUAUAGCGAGCCGAGUGCUGGACCUCUUGGACUUCCUGACCCCAGCCUCCAUCACUCUGUCUCGGAGAGCUCUCAUCUGGAGAGGGCAUUUUGCUUUCCUUCUGAUCUAUGUUGAGAAGAACAUGGACAUCAGUGUCCUGGCUGAGAAACUCUCUCAUGCUUUCCAUGAGAAGGCAAAGGAGUUCCUAGUAACCAAAAAUGACUACACACAGAGACAAAAUCUCUGGGCUCUACUUUCGACCUACAUCGAUGGUGUCCAAGAGGUGUUUGAGACCAGCUGCUACUUGAGCCUUUCUGAGGAGAAGCUGCUGAAUGAUGGCUUUACCAUGCUGCUGCCUGCUUGUGGAGGAGCUGAGCUGAGUAUGGUCCUGAGCUUCCUUCAGGUUGUGCUGGCCAGGCUCCGGAGUGUGCACAGCUGUGCCAGCCAUGUCCCAGCCACAGCUAGAGAGCACCACCUUGCUGUGGCUGCUGCUCUCUGGAGGAACUUCUUCCCCUACCUGAAGAGCCAGAGGAUGGCCCAGCUGCCCCCUUGCCCACAGCUCGCUGACACGGCUGCAGGUUUUACUCUCUUAGCUCUGGACAUGCCCAGCAAGGCCCUGUCGGAUCUGCAGCCCCAGCCUGUCCUGUCAGUGAUGCAGCUGUUCGGGUGGGAUGACAUGGUGUGGCCUCAGCUGGUGGCAAGAUACCUGAGUCACCUCAUCCCAAACAGUGCCCUGAGUGAGGCCUUCUCCAGCAUGGGCUACCCAUCCUUUGAGGUCCUGACCAUACGCUCCUGGUUCCGUUGCGUUUUGCAGAUGUUUCUGGAUCAGCCCAGCAGGGUGCUGGUCAAGGCAGGUGCUGAGCCAAGAGCUGGGAAGGCCUACAUGGAGCAGCUGACUGAGAUGACAAGGUUGGUCUCCAAGCUCUCAGAAGUGGAAAGCAUCCUUUCAAAGGCUCAAGCUGAGGAGCCAGCUGUCAAGCAAGACCCCAAAAGUGCUCUUGUCCACUUCAUUAAGGCUGUUGGCAGAACUUACAGUGGCCUUCAGACACUCCCUGAGAAAUCUGCCAUGGUAGCCAAGUCUCUGGAGUAUUUGGGUGAUGUGUUAAAGUAUGUAAAACCUUAUCUGAAGGCAAAAGGACCUCCAGAAGGUUUGCAGCUCACAUACUGGAUCAUUGGAUGUCUGGUGAAGUUCUGGGCACCCAUCCUGGCUACCUCCAAAGCGCAGCAGCUGCUGUUCCGCAUUGUGGACUGCUUGCUGCUGCCACACUCGGUGCUGCAGAAGGACAAGGAGCUGCCUGUGGCCCUGCUGGCUGCCAUCCAGGAAAGCCUUCCCCUCUAUCUCCAGGGCCUGUCCUUUAUAUGCACCCAGUGCCAGGCACAGGGUGCCUAUCUGAACCAGCUGCUGGGGAGCAUCAUCCAGCAAUACUUUGGCCGCUUCCUGCCUUCCUCUCCACUGGCAGCGGACGUGGGGCCGCACCCUGUGCUGAGUGCCCUGUGCAGCUCCCUCACAGCCCCACAGCUGCUGCGCCUGCGCAGGACCACUCUGCAAGUCAUAAAUGACCACUACCUGCAGUUCAGAGGCGCUGCUCCGCCCCCUCGCUUGGCCUUGGUCCUGGUGUUCCUGCUGGAAGUGCUGCAGAGGACGCAGAGCCCUGAGCUGUGUGACGUGGAGCUGGUGCUGCCAGCUGUGCUGAGGAGCCUGAUGCUGGUUAAUGAGCCACAAGUUAAAAAAAUAUCUACGGACAUCAUACAGUGCAUGGUUGAAGGCUGCCAAGCAGGGUCAAGAGGAGAAUGUACCACCCAGCUGACUUCUGUGUUUAGGCAGCUCAUCCAGGAGCAUAUAGCCCUGUCUGCCCCACGGGUGUUCGGCGUGCUGGAGGCAGUGGCGGCGCUGGACCAGCCACUGGUGGCGGGCCUGAUCCCCACGGCCACGCAGGCUCUGAAGGACACGGAGCACAAGCAGGGGCUGGGCAAGAACACUGCAUACAGAGAAGCCUACAAGAGGCUCUUAUCUCACCUGGCAGAGGCUGGCCAAAAUGAGAUACAGAAGCUGGAAGCUGAGACAGGUUAG